AAUCACGGGACUGCGCACCAACCUUGAAAGCAGAGCAAGAUCAGAUCAGAGAACAGAGCGGAGCGGAUAAACUCGAGUUCGAUCAUCACCAACCAUGUCGUGCUGCGGAGGCAACUGCGGGUGCGGAUCCGGCUGCAAGUGCGGCAACGGCUGCGGAGGGUGCAAGAUGUACCCUGAGAUGGACGAGGGAGUGAACACCGCCUCCCAGACCCUCAUCAUGGGCGUUGCCCCCUCCAAGGGCACCCCGUCGUUCGAGGCCGCCGCCGAGAACGGAGGGUGCAAGUGCGGCCCCAACUGCACCUGCAACCCGUGCACCUGCAAGUGAUCCAUGAGGCCUCAAUCAAAUCAGAUCAAGGAGAUGGCAUGGAUGGACCUGAUGAAGGAGCGAGUAGUAGUUAUGCAUGAAUCGCAAGCGUGUGUUUCGUUUUAAAUUGCCACCCAGAAUAAGACGAGAUCUAUCGUAUCGUAUCGAGCUAGUUAAUGGAUUAUCCGUGCCCCUUGUGGCUUGUACCGUGUGCUGUGUAAGGCGUCUUGUGCUGUGAUGCGCCUUUUCCUACCUGUUCUAGUUCCGUCCUGAUGUGUAGACAAUAAUAAUUUGGAGUUUCUGCCUAUGUCCAAAUUAGUA